AUGGCCGCCGCAAUCCACCGCUCACCUUCCCGGUCCCGUUCUCAGCAGCCGCGGGUGCUAAAAGGUCCAAAGACCUCUCCCACGGCUGCCCGAGAGAUGGUCCUCCAGACCGAGAAGGGCAGGCAGCUAGCGCACCUGGCUGGAGGACGAUGCGGCAGCCACGGGCAUCCCUCUGGCUCCUGGGAGCGGUGCUGGGGGCCUCCUUCCGUGGGGGCUGCUGCGGCCAGCGAGAGGCUACCGCAGUUCCUCAUUAGGAGCUACUUGGACGACCAGCCCAUCACCCGCUUUGACAGCCUCACCAGGAAGACGGAGCCUCUGGUGCCCUGGAUAAAGGAGGAGGAGGUGGAGAAGGAGGCCUUUCUGGGCCCUGAAUGGAUCUUCAGAGCUGGCCUGGAGAAGUUAUCAAAACUGAACCACCAGGCUGAAGGGCAUCACACCUGGCAGGCGGUUUUGGGCUGUGAGCUCAGGGAAGACGGGAGCAAAGGAGGAUUUUUGCACUAUGGCUACAAUGGAUGGGACUUCAUCAGCUUCGACAAGGAGACCCUCAGAUGGGUGGCAGCCCAGCCCCAGGCCCAGAAGGUGAAGGAGAAGUGGGAGGAUGAUCCAGGAUGGUCUGAGAGAAACAAAUCCUUCCUGGAGAAGACCUGCAUUGAGGGGCUGCAGAGACACCUGUCCUACAAGAACAAGACUCUGCAGAGGACAGAGCCCCCGGUUGGGCAGGUGACCAGCAAGGUAGUGGAUGACAGCCUAGAGGUCCUCAUCUGCCAGGCCUUUGGCUUCUACCCCAAGGAGAUCCAGGCCACCUGGACCAGGGACAGAGAGGUCUGCGAGUAUGGGACCCUCCAUAGGAACGUGGCCCCCAACUCAGAUGGGACUUAUUAUGUCCGGCUCAGCAUUGAGAUCGACCCCAAGGAGAGGAACCAUUUUCAGUGUCACCUGGAGCACGAGGGCUUGCAGGAGCCCCUGGUCUUGGCUGUGAAGGAGGAAAAAGGCUGA